UCCGUACAAUUUUGAGCCAGCUAGCCCUGAGGGAGAACAGCAACCACCUAAUAGGGGGAGACACCAUGGCAAUAGGAGGGAGAUAGAGUUGUGGUGUCAGGAGAAUUAUGGUGAACCAGGAGCGGCUGAACAUCAACACGGCCACGGAGGAAGAGCUCAUGACCCUGCCCGGGGUCAACCGCCCCGUGGCGCGGAGCAUCGUGGAGUACCGGGACUGCAUCGGGGGCUUCAAGAAGGUGGAGGACCUAGCGCUGGUGAGUGGGAUAGGCGCCACCAAACUGGAGAUUAUUAAAGUGGAGAUCUGCGUGUCGAGUAGGACCAGUUCGUCGCAGCACUCCCCGUCCUCCCUGCGGAGAGACCCGGAGCAUAUGUCCUCCUGCAGCGGCAUGAACAUCAACACCGCCACCCCGCCGCAGCUCAUGAGCAUCCGCGGCAUCACAGAGAAAAUCGCCCGGAACAUUGUCGCCUAUCGGACCCAACACGGUCCGUUCAAGAGCAUCGAGGACCUGGUUCGGGUCGAUCACAUAAACUGCUCCCUAUUGGACAAGAUCCGUUUCCAGGUGUUUGUGGAGCGCUCAAGAACUCUGUCCACCAAUACCAACGGCGGGCUGACCUACACGGGUCGGUCCCAUCCGAGCCCAACCUCAUUCCGCCUCUGGAGCGACGACCUCGACCUCCCGCCGGGAGGACCCACACAGAUGGUGUCCCUGCGGCCCCGCGUGGCACCGGCCCCGGGCUCGCGGGACGGCCGGGCCGCGGUACGCCUGGCCACCUGGGACCUUCAGCGCUGCUCCAGUGAAAAGGCCAACAACCCUGGCGUCAAAGAGGACGUGUGUGUAUGACCCUACUGGAGAACGAGUGAGUACAACUAACGUGAGGGUUUGCCCUGAACAUGUUGUGUCUUCUUGGGACACGUUGUUUCCUGUGUGUAAACACAUUUGUGCCAGGGAAUUUCAUGUACGAUAACUAAACCGGCUAGGCAACGCAAACUAACAUUCUGAGCCAAACUGAACACAGAGCCCCAGACCUGCAUGUCUACCCUGGGUCUGGACCCCCAGACCUGCAUGUUGGUCUAGACCCCCCCAGGCCUGCAUGUCUCCCCUGGAUCUAGACCCCCCAAGACCAUAUGUCUCCAGCCCAUCUCCAGUGAGUGCAGCCGUUUGACUUCCAGGCGUCCGGCCCAGCAGCCUGUAAAGGUUGCGUGGAGGCGUGUGUGUUCGCAAAGCACUACCUUGCGACCAUCAUGGGAUCACAAGAUCCCAUGAUGGUUGUGUUGAGAGAGGGAGACGUUCUACACGGACACGCCCACUCGUCUGCAGGCUGUCGGAGGAAGCCCAGAUCCGUGCUGGCGGUGUGAGGCAGCGGGGUUAUUACAGGUUAUCAGCUCAGACUGGCUCCACUCAUGACAAUGCAAAACAAACACACGAAGAGGCAGCAGAGGAGCCGCGCAAAUUAACGUGUAUUUGGUGACAGAGGCGAAAAAAAGGUCCUUUCUCUUCACCUGUACAAAAUGCACCCAGGCUCGAAAGCCUGCUCCAUCCUUUCUCCGAUCGGGGAAACUGUGAAAUCGGAGAUGGUCGGACAGGAGGUCGGAGUUGGAACAACCCCCACAGAUACAAAACCUCAUCUCGUCGAUUAGAAAAACCCAAAAACCACAGGGGGGGAAAAUACAAGACCGCUCACCGCGGUAACUACUCACAACUACGCAUAGAGCUGAGGCAGCAACAGCGACCGCGUCUACCAAUUCCUACGUAAUAUGACGCGUUUGACGUAUC